AUGGAGCCGCUUGCAGAAGAGACUAAGAUUGGCAGCCAGAGUGAAGCCAGUAGUGACAUCCCAACCCCAGCAGAUGAUAAAAUACAAGAGGACAGGAAACUCUUACCUAUUUAUGAGAAGAAGCAGGAUAUAUUGAAAGCAAUUUGAGAAAACUUGUUCGUCAUUGUCACUGGUGAGACUGGUAGUGGUAAAACCACCCAAAUCCCACAAUACGUUGUAGAUGAUAUGAGGAGAGAGGACAUUUUAGCUCCGCUUCCCGAAAAGAGUGCUAAGAAAUAUCCUUUUAAAUGCAACGAUGCUUAUGAUUCAAGAAUGGAUAGAAGGGAAGUCAGAGCUGUAGUUACACAGCCAAGAAGAGUAGCUGCCAUUCAAAUGGCAAAAAGAGUAGCAAUUGAGUCUGGAUGUCGUCUUGGAGGACAUGUUGGAUACACUAUCAGAUUCGAAGACAAUUCCAACCCUGAUACUGGUAUUAAAUAUGUCACAGAUGGUAUACUUGUGAGAGAAUGAUUAAUGGAUCCGAAUCUUGAAAACUAUGAUGUAGUCAUUCUUGAUGAGGCUCAUGAGAGAUCGCUCUUUACAGAUAUUCUAUUCUCGCUUGUAAAGCAAGCUGUAAUUAGAAGAAAAGGGGCGCUAAGGUUGGUUGUAACCUCUGCUACACUGCAAACAAAGUUAUUCUCUGAGUUCUUCUUUAAUUGCCCAAUUAUUGAGGCCUCAGGUCGUUGAUAUCCUGUAGAUGUGAUGUAUAUUGAUUCUCAUCCUGAAAAGAGAAUUUUGAACUCGGUAAAAGCAGCAAUCAGAAUUCAUAUAAAUGAACCUAUUGGGGAUAUACUGGUCUUCUUGACAGGAUUUGACGAAUGAGAUAAAGCAUGAAAGAUGUGUCAUGAAGAAUUGAUGAAACUACAUGAGUCUGGAAAAGAAAUGGCACCAAUGCUAAUCAUGCCACUUUAUGGGUCUAUGAACACAAAGCAACAAAAUCAAAUCUUCCAAAAGACUCCAGAAGGAAGCAGGAAGAUUGUGUUCUGUACAAAUAUUGCUGAGACUUCUCUGACUGUUGAUGGGAUAGCAUAUGUGAUAGAUUGAGGACUUGUGAAACAAAAAGUCCAUAAUCCAGAAACUGGAAUGGAAACCCUGAUGGUAGUCCCAAUCAGUCAAGUACAGGCUCAACAAAGGACAGGAAGAGCUGGUAGAACAAUGGAAGGAAAGUGCCUUCGAUUGUAUAAGCACAAGGAUUUCGAGAAGAAAAUGCCAAAGCAAACAGUUCCUGAAAUACUCAGGACCAAUCUCUGAUCAACUGUCUUGACUCUCCUCAACUUGGGAAUCAAAAAUGUAAUUCAGUUUGAAUUCAUCGAAACUCCUGGUAAAGAGAGCCUUUUAUUUGCUUUAAAGCAGCUAUUUCUUCUCAAAGCAGUUGAUAAGGAUGCCCAGUUAACUGAUCUUGGAAGAGAAAUGAAUAGGUUUCCUCUAGAACCUUCUUAUGCUAAGCUAAUCUUAGCGUCAAACUUCUAUAAAUGUCAAGACGACAUGGUGACUCUUGUCUCAAUUCUUUCCACCGAGAAUAUUUGGAUUCCAGUAGCUGCCAGAGACGAGACCAGGUUUAACAAACUUGAAGAUAUCAGGAAAGGAUUUUCUGUUGAGAACAGCGAUCAUCUUACUCUUGUAAAUGUUUACCAAUCUUGGAAAGACACUCGAUACUCUGAAAGUUUCCUUCGGAAGAACUUCUUAUUGUUCAGAGCAAUGAAACAAGCUAGGAAGAUCAGAGAACAACUCUUAGAAAUCUCUGAUAGGAUUCAUUACAAAAAUGUUGAAAAAUACUUUGAAAGUGCGCUUGGUCUCUCAGAUGAUGGACCUACUGAGAAAAGAUUCAGAAGAUGUAUGACUGAAGGAUUCUACAUGAACGCUGCAAGGCAUAUCAAAGCACAGAAGGAAGGAACCUAUCUUACAGCUCACGAUAAGAUUAUAGUCAAGGUUGACCGAUGGAGCGUCUUCGAUAUGUUCUCAAAUUAUCCUGACUGGCUGCUUUAUACAGAACUUGCAGGAACCAUGACUGGAAAUAAGGGAAUCAUGAGACUAGCCACUGAUAUCAAAGUAAAAUGGAUCGAAAAGAAGAUCCCAAUGUUAGAGAAAGUUGACAUGGAAAGACUAGAGUAUGCUGGUGAUCCUCCACUUCAUGCUGGUACCAAGAGAACCAAAAUUAUCAUGGAGAAAAUUGAAACUCUGAUUGAUCAGAAGAAAAAGGAGAAUGAAGCAGAGGAAAAGAACGCAGUUUUAUCGAGAGACGAAAAGAUAAGACUAGCAAAGGAAAGAAUGCUUGCUCGAAAAAGACAGAAAAACAAGGAAUAAUUAUUGUUUUAAACCUAUCCAUUCAAUA